UUACCAUUAACAUUCUCUGAUAGUACAGUAUAUGUACUAAAUCUACCGAUUUUUGUUCUUUGAGACAGCAAAAAUUAGAACAAGUUAAUUUAAGUUGAUUUUGAUUUUUUCUCAAUUAAGAUGUUGUCUGUCGCAGAAUUAAUACACUUGCUGAAUAAUAUUCCAUCAAGAUAUAAAACUCCUGAUGAUAUAUGUUUCGAUGCAGCCAACCAAAAGUACAUAGCGAAGUACAAAAAGCUGGGGGUUAUAACUGUUGCCGACGAAUUGCAAGAUGGAGCCAUGGCAUCAAGCUCUACUGAAUUUUUUUGUAAUGUGCCCGGCUGCCAAAAUGUAUUCGAAGAUGCCGGUACUUAUCAAACACAUUUCAACAAUGUACAUAGAUAUUUGUGUUCAAUUUGUCGCCGCUCAUUACCCACUGCACACUUACUCGAUUUGCAUGUCUCGGAGCGCCAUGAUUCCUAUUUUGCAACACGUGUAGAACGUGGGGAGGCGAUGUAUGCCUGCUUUCUAGAAGAAUGCAAACAGAAAAUGCUUACACAGGAACAGCGCAAAGACCACUGUAUAAACAUUCAUAAAUUCCCCAGCAAUUUUAGAUUUGAAUAUAAUGAAAAGAAAGCGCCAUCAACCCGCAAUACUUCACAAAACCAGAAAAAACAAGGCACCGAUCCAGUGGGUAUUCCUGGGGUUAGUACAAAAGUUAAUGAAAUCAAGGCAAUAUCAUUCGGACAUCCAAAGGAAAAGACAUUUCAAGCUCAUAGCGCACCAAAAUCAAAAGAUGGCUUAAAGGACCUACAUGGGCUAAAAGAUGCAUUAGAUGAUAUAUGAAAUCAAGCAGAAGUACCGGUAGUUUUUUUCGUUAAAUUAUUUUUGUAUUUAUAUUUUAAUAAUAAAAAUGAAGUCGAUUAACAUUUA